AUGCUGGCUGCAAUCAAAUACAGCGGAAAGAACACCGAGGGUCUCAUCAAAGAAGGUGAUGUUCAAGUAUUGGUAAAGUUAAUUCUGGGUUGUUUUUUGACGAAGAAACACCGAAUGGAAGAGGUUUUCCGAGUUUUAAAUAAUACAGAUCUGCUUGAUAAUUUGGCAUCUGUGACCCUUGGCAUUCCCAGCGAAGAACUCUACAAAUCGCCAAAAAAUUUCUUACGACAAAAGAGUUGGAAGAAUAUCGCUAUCCUAUAUGAGAGUAGUGAGCUGGCAUUGGACUAUGAGGCUAUCGGUGAAACAAUUGCCUAUUUCCUUGCGAAUGCAGAUGAACCUAAACUGAAUGUUAUUUUACAGGACAGUCUUCCGAGGGACAGUGAGCCUGUUCGUAUUGUCAGUCGAUUCGCAGUUAAGUGUCAUGGAAACGUGAGCACCUAUGACUCACUGCGUCUCUGGAAACGGGCGCUGGAAAAAAAGCGGAAUCUAGGAGCAGCCGCACAGUGCGUCUUCCUCAUGACAGGACUACCGUCGAGCUAUGGCUUUGACAUGAGAUCGGAGGUGUUUAAUUCUAAUAUCAGCGUGUCUGUGGCCAUGGCCAUCGGAAUGGCAGUUGGAUUGACCUACCUCAACCUGAAGGCCAACAACAAUACCAUUUCGGAGGAUGAGGAUUUUUUCAGCCCAAUCGCACACAGAGUGAUGGAGUUUCCUGUCCUCCCUAACAUAACCUUUUACUUCGGUCUCAACCAGAAAGAAUUUAUCAUGCCAUACGAUUAUUACUUUUUUGGCUUUUCCGAGAACGUUACGUGGAACGACUUUAAUGUGAGCACGGCGAGUUUUGAGGAGAUAUUUGUACUCCACAGCGUUCUGCUCUGGCCGCGGACGAGUCUUGCUGAUGUUGCAAGGAAAGUCUGGCCUGGUGAGGGCUCCGGUCCGGAGAGAGACUACUGCCUGCAAACCCCCUGUAAUUAA